CGCCGGCCGCUCUCCGCGCGCCUCAGACUCGCCUCGAGCGCGGCAGGCAGGCAGGCGCGCGCGGCUCCGCUCCACGUCGUCCCCGCUCUGUUCAUUCAUGAUUGGUACUCGGCCCCCCGAGACCCAGCCCGAGCGCCGGGAGGGGAGCCGAGCGUGCGGCAGGAGGGGCGGGCGAGCGCGGCUCCCGCAGCGCACGCGGCGCUGGCUCAGGAGCCUCGGCCGGGCGGGCGCACCGGCCCGGUGUCCAGCGCCAGGCAGGCUUCGGGGCAUCGUUCUCGGUCCUCGGCGAGGGAAGCGGCAGGGCCCGGGUCCGAAGGCUCGCCAGGAAGGGCUAGCCCUGUGAGUCAGUGCAUGUGCGGGACUGAAGAAGGAUAGAAAAGGCUCCCAGCGCCCCAGCCCCACGCUCGCUGAAUACCAAGCUGCGGCGAGCUGCGGGGGGCUUUUUUUUUACCUCCUCCAAUUCGGAGUAGAAGAUCCACACUGAUUUCCUUCCAGUGGAGGGGAGGGGCAGGGCCCGAGGUCCCAAGUCGCACACAAGUCUUCGCUGCCAUGGGGGCCGUCAUGGGCACCUUCUCGUCUCUGCAAACCAAACAAAGACGACCCUCGAAAGAUAAGAUUGAAGACGAGUUGGAGAUGACCAUGGUUUGCCAUCGGCCUGAGGGACUGGAGCAGCUUGAGGCCCAGACCAACUUCACCAAGAGGGAGCUGCAAGUCCUUUAUCGAGGCUUCAAAAAUGAGUGCCCCAGUGGUAUGGUCAACGAAGAAACAUUCAAGCAGAUCUACGCCCAGUUUUUCCCGCAUGGAGAUGCCAGCACGUAUGCCCAUUACCUCUUCCAUGCCUUCGACACCACGCAGACGGGCUCCGUGAAGUUCGAGGACUUUGUAACUGCUCUGUCGAUUUUACUGAGAGGGACCGUCCAUGAGAAACUAAGGUGGACAUUUAAUUUGUAUGACAUCAAUAAAGAUGGAUACAUAAACAAAGAGGAGAUGAUGGACAUUGUCAAAGCCAUCUAUGACAUGAUGGGGAAAUACACGUAUCCUGUGCUUAAAGAAGACACUCCAAGGCAGCACGUGGAUGUCUUCUUCCAGAAAAUGGACAAAAAUAAAGAUGGCAUCGUGACUUUAGACGAAUUUCUUGAAUCCUGUCAGGAGGAUGACAACAUCAUGAGGUCCCUCCAGCUGUUCCAAAAUGUCAUGUAACUGUGAACACAGCCAUUCGGCUCUCAGAGACGUUACUAAACAACCAACUUAACACCUUGAUCGGUCCUCCUUCUGAUUUUACACGCGGACUCUUGGGACAGAAACACAUUUUGCACUUUGGAAGAAUUCUCUGCAGAGACAUUUUGUGGAACCCAGGAUCACGUGGCUCAGUCUCUGACUGCCAGCUCUUCCUCCUCCCUCUUCUUGAGAGAGACAAGAUGAAAUCGGGUUUGUUUUGGAAGCAUGCUCAUCUCUUCGUACUGCUGCCCUAUGGAAGGUCCCUCUGCUUGAGCUUCAACAGUAGUGCACAUUUUUCUGUUUGCGUGCCCCAGGCUACUGCCUCCAAGUCCAGCAGACCUUGAUGUAUCUGGAAGCAAGAUGACCUUGAGCCAAAUGCACAUCAGCUUCUGAUGGUCUCCCAAACCAAUGUGCCUGUUUCUCUUUCUUUGGUGGGAAGAAUGAGUAUUAUACGGAACAAUUAGAAUCUACUAUGACUAGAUUGGGAGAGCCAGCACCUAAUGUAUGUAGGAUAGGACUGAAUUAUUAAGCAUGGCAUUGUCUGAUGACCCAAACUGCACAUGCCCUUUGUUUCCAGAGGCAAGGACAAUAAUGCUGUCUCAUAUUAGCAUCUAUGCUGGUGGUACAAGUCCCUUAACACGCACAGAAAGGGAGCCAAUGCCCAGUGGCCCAUGCCUCCACUCCAUCUCCUGCUAGAGCCCAGCACUGCAUGACCCUCCCAGAAAGCCCAGGAUGCCUGCAAAUUGCUGUAAUUUUAUACCAUCUUCUAAUCAAUAAACAGAACUAUUUCUUACGAUCU